GAAACAAACAAGGAAGACUAGCGUGUGGAUCACAUGGCGUGAAGAAUUGCUUUGACGUGUGAGAAACGUUUGCAUUUAGUUAGUCGUGUGAAGCACACAUGUAGAGCAGGUCUAAACACACGCUGACGCGAGCGUGGCUAUCUUUGGCACGAGCUUCAUCCGACGUGUAGGCCACGUAGGCAAUUUCAGCCAUUUAUUACGACGCAUUGAAAACUUUGUACACCGCAGGCUCGUCUAUGUCACGUUUUCCGGGCGCAAAACAGUCAAUUGUAGUAGACUUAUAGCCGACGUGUCAUCCCAAUGUAUAUGAUUGCCUUUCUAUUUACCACCCCAUCGCAUAUUUCUUCAGCGUAUCUAGUUUUUUUUGUGUAUCACGAUAGUUGGCUGGCCAUUAGUCAUUGUAGUGUGAAUGCUGUGACACAGUGUGAGACUGCUGAGGUUGGCCCAGGCCUCCAGUCUGAGUGCUGCAUGCAAAGUCUGGGAGAUUUGGAAUAUUUUCGCCAAAGAAAGAGGCCACUAAUCCAAUUCAAACUAUGGCAGCUCAAUCAUUGCAAAUGGGGGGAAGCAGGGGUAUUAAAAAAUCAUUCGGCAAUGUGAGGUUGCAGCCAGGUCAAAAACCUGUGAGCGUCUCAUUAAUUCCACAUACAGUUGAUGUGCUUAAUGCCAGAUUGGCUAAGGAAGCCAUUCUAUCUGAGUCCAGGAAUCCAAGUGUAAAAUCUGUGAAUGUCUCACUGAUUCCACAAACAAAUAAUUUAGCGAAAGACAGAUUGGCUACAGAAGCCAUACCAUCUGAGUCAAAAAAGCUGCUGCAAGAGGACACAUAUUUGAGAUCUACUUCGAUCUUCGCAGACAGACUAGAUAUUGAUGAGCAAACUGCUGAUGCUGUAACUGCAGACAGACUUCAUCAAUGGAUGACAGAAUCUGUUAUGGAGAUUGUGAGACACAUUCAGGAAGCUCCUUUUCUGUACUAUAUAAUUGAGAGAAAUGUCUCUCCAGAAACACCAAAGCUGCAAAGAGUACCUCAAGAUUUCCUCGAAGGGGCAGAUGGCUGGCCAAUUCUCAGAGAUCUGCUAAGAAAUGCUUUGCCUGAUGGAGUAGUUCUGGUGAAAAAGUUGGAUGGGAAUUCUGUCACCCAGUACUCAACUGCUUCUGAAAGUGGAAUGGGCAAUGAAGUGAAGGAUUUUGGUAAAGCUGGUUGCACGAACGUUUGGGGUUUACUGAUUCAGGGCAGAGGAGUUGGAGUGAAUGCAUGCUACAUUCUAAAGACUACAGAUAUCAUAUCUGCCCAUGGGUGUUGCACACAAUUCUGCCUUACGAAAGCAAAAUGUUUUGGGCCAUCUCCUCAUAACCAAUUCAUUCAAUCAUGGCUACUGUAGUCCGAAGCUUGACAUUGCUCUGUACCCAUCACUGAUUCGUUCAGAAUAUGUACAUACAAACAUUUCUUGUGUGUCGUAAAUUCAUUAUUCUUUUCAUACUAUUUUGAUAGAUUACU